AUGCAUAACCCAGAACCACGUCACCAUCCAUACCCAACAUCCUACACCCAGCACACAACCCCGGGUAUUCUAUACACUACAUUUCACUACCUGCAUAUUACAUUGGACAACCAACGCUCUAAGUCUCAUUUUUACCGCCCCCCCCCCCCCCCCUCAAAACCCACGCCCCCACCACACCGCCUUACCCCCCCCGAUUAACCCCCCACACACAGUGCAAACCACGUCCCACCCCAGACUCAUACCCCAUGGGAUGGGAUUGGGAUUUGGUGGAUGUUUAUAUAUCCUUCUUCAUUACCCACACCCAGUGCCCCUGUGCAAAGGGUGUGAGCGUGGAUGUGGGUGCGGAUGUGGAUGCGGGUGUCGGUGGGGGUGUGGCUGUUGGUGUAGGUGUGGGUGUGGGUGUGGGUGUGGGUGUGGGUGUGGGUGUGGGUGUGGGUGUGGGUGUGGGUGUGGGUGUGGGUGUGGCUGUGGGUGUGGGUGUGGCUGUGGGUGUGGCUGUGGGUGUGGCUGUGGGUGUGGCUGUGGGUGUCCAAUGUAAUAUGCAGGUAGUGAAAUGUAGUGUAUAGAAUACCCG